AUGAAGACGAAGCGCGACGACGAUUGUUUCGAUUACCUUCAUCUUUCCCCUCCAACAAAAUCAAGCAAACUGGAUUAUUACGAGAUGACGACUAUGGAGAUGGAGGAAGAUACUCCUGCAAAUGUUGCGCCACCGUUAAAGCAAUUCGACGAAGAGAAAUCACUGGUGCUAUAUCAUGAUCAUCCCUCCAAUUCAAAUACUCCUCUUCUCAAGUCCCCUACAUCCCCUCCUUUAACCAUUGUUGUUGCUACUCACUUGAUUCCUGGUUUAAAGGAUUAUUUGUUGUCACGGGGAACUCUAAAGCUAGAGGAACUUGGCGAAGAUGAAACGAGGAGGGAGAAGACAUCAAAAGACUGUUUGGCUGUUAUCCCAUGGGUUCCUAAUCCUCUGGCACGCCAAGAAAUAGUACCAGAGACAUGUCAAACAUUCGAGGCAGAAGUUAGUGAAAUGAUGGACAUGGAUGAUCCACAUGCAAAUAACAACAAUCAGAAGGUGGAGGCAUGUGGAGUAUCAUCUCCAUGGCAACAACAACAAUGUAUGAUGUCCAAUAUGUUGCAACCUUCCUUUGGCGCGUAUUUACGUGGUAGCAUCUUUUGGAGAACAACUAAACUAAGUGCUCAAGUUUCAUAG